AUGCCGUCGCCCGAAAUAAAACACCGACGGACGGAAGAACAAGUGCCGUUUGUUCUCCCACAGUUUCAUCUGCCUCCUCAGCCACCGGUCAACGGGUUUCCGCACGAGACGGACCUUCUCAUCCGGGGCGUGCGUGGCAGGGCCGGUGUAGACGGCAAGGCAUUGCUGCUUAAUGCCUCGCCCACGUUGGAGCUUUCAACGGAUGAGUCGGCGGCGCUUCUUACAGCUCUGCGGCAACACCCCAAAUGUGAGUCUAUCCGAGCGCAGCUCAACGGUAUCAACGAGUCGUACCUUGUGGAGGUGUUUGGCGAGGUUGACGCGCAGGAGGAUGACACGCGGCGCCGGGUGGACUACAACGCCGCCUGCGCUGUGCUUAAAUCCAACUCCUCUAAGCGGCUCUCAGCGUGUGUUUCAUGCCUCACGCGAGGCCAGCACCGUCAUUAUCGCUCGUGGAUACUGAAUUACAUGCAGACGGGUCUUCCACCGAAGGCCACCGAGGAGUAUCCGGACAUGAGCACCGUAGUAGACCUUGUUCAACGUGAGCAGACGGCGUACCUGCACAAAUUUAUGGAGGAAAUAGUUUCAUGUGAGGCCUGCAAGAUGGAGGCUGGCUACAACAAACGAUCUAGUGAGGCAGCGGAAAUGCCGAUGCCGCAUCGGUCCUGUUGGAACCAUAAUUACAUGGACGAACACGUGGAACGAUUUGCGAAGCGCUGGUGGCGUUAUCGAAUUGAGUCGAGGCUGCUGCGAUGCCUCGCUGACGAGGAGACGAGUAAAGACAACAACAGUGACGACCGCGGCGCCGGCAACCACGGUGAUGAUGCAUUUAGGGAGAAUGUAUUUUACCUCAAGAAGGGUUUAGCAGGAGCCGAUACGCGAACAAAAGUGUGGGCGAGGCCGCGUGCUGAACUGACCUCCCAAACACGCCAGUUCGCCGCUCAAUGCAUCGCUUCAACGAAUAGGCCGAAUGCGACAUGUGAGGAAGCGCGGCAUUAUCCGGCUGUUUCCAUUCCACCGACGCUGCCACUGGCAGUGCAGCAGCUUGACACGCGCGAGCCACAGCUGUAUUCUCGCGCCUUCCCGGAACAACCGCGUGGCGAGAUAGAGAAAGGGGCAGCCGGAGCAGAAGAGGAAGAGAUGCCGUUACUGAUUCCUCCCGUCAACACAAUGACGGGCGUUUCUUUCACCCUGCGUGUAUGCAAGUCGGCGUUGGUGGAGCUGGCCGCGGCGCACCUGUCGUCAUGCCGUGCUGAGUUUCGGCUUCCGGUACGAUGCGUGUGGCAGCCGUCGGAGCGGCGAGUUGAUAUUUCCAUUGAAAAACCGCUGCCAGGGCAUCGGGAGUCGCGGCGCAACAUAAACGCGGCGGCGCUCAAGCGUUUGGUGGACAAUGAGGUGCGUCUUCCAUCGAACAGCCGCUGCAGUGCGCGGGGGCGGCACAAGAGCAAGUGUUGGGCGGAGGUCUCGUUUGGUGCCGAUUUUGCCUUUUAUUGUGUGUCAAACUGUGUUUUUGACUUGACCCAUCAAUACCCCGUUUUCCGCCUGAUAAAAAUGGAGUACAACUGCAAGGGCUACAACACAGUCCCUGACGACGAACAGACGUUUCACCAUGAAAGUUUUAGCAAAAGGGAGGUGGUCCGCAUGUGGAUACUCCUGCACUGCAACCCCACCGCAGUCCUCUACGUCUACCGCAUCAACGCCUACUCCAAUGCGGUGAUGGGCAUUGAAAAGUUUUCGUCUGUGUCGUUCAUGAGUCAGGUGAUGGGGUCGUGGUCGAGUGACGUGGAUGUGCAGCGCACAUGGAGCUCCCUCUACGAGCUCCUGCAGAGCACUGUUUCCGCCGUUGUCCAGCGACUGCAACUCUCGGGUGGCGCUGACGGCGCGAAAAACGUCACGUUUAUUCUUGCCAAGGAGAAGGAGGACGGCAAUGUGUCGCUCUGCUCCGUGAAGGCUUGUUAUCCGCAGCAAACAGUUCUUGAUGAGGCGGUGGGGACCUUUAUUGAGCCGAGCAGCCGCACGGUAUGCCGGCGUGAAUACCUUCCGCCGUGCGUGUGGCCCUUCCCAGAUCGUAUUCCCUACACAUACGGCCCGGCUCCAAAGUCGUGCUACGUCAUCAAUAGGACGACGGAGACACGGCACGACUCCGCCUACUACGCCAAGCACGACGUCUGGCAGCAUGAGUCACGGUACUACACAGUGGGCGAGGAUGGGGUUAUCCGGGAGCUGCAGCCGGCGUGUGCGUAA